UGGGCUUGCCAAGUGCGAGCCACAGGAAUGAUGUACGCCUGCAAAAAGCUGGAAAAGACCCACGUGAAGAAAUCACAUGGAGAACACAUGGCACUCAAUGAAAAGGAGAUACUGGAGGAGCUGGACAGUCGAUUUGUGGUAAAUCUUACAUAUGCUUAUGAGACCAAACAUUUCCUAUGUAUGGUUUUGACGAUGAUGAGUGGCGGGGAUCUGAUGUAUCACAUACACAAAAUGGGAAAGCAUGGCUUAGACAUGGACAGAGUUCAUUUCUAUGCUGCAGAAGUCUGUUGCGGUUUAAUUCAUCUUCACCAGAAUUCAAUAGUCUACAGGGAUCUAAAACCUGAAAACAUUCUCCUGGAUGACAGUGGACACAUCCGCAUCUCUGACCUGGGCUUGGCUGUCAGACUGUCUGAGGGGAAACUGGUGGGAGGUCGAGUCGGCACAUUGUUUUACAUGGCUCCUGAAGUGUUCGGCAAAAAGAAAUAUGGUACAAGUGUAGACUGGUGGGGUCUGGGCUGUCUGAUUUAUGAGAUGAUUGCAGGUCAGUCUCCAUUCAGGGACAAGAGGGAACGUCCUAACUCCUCAGAGAUGGAGAUAAGAAUACAAACAGUCAAUGAAGACUACAGUAACAAGUUCAGUGUGGAAGCUAAAGACCUCUGCAGUAAGCUGUUGACCAAGGAUCCAACACAACGGCUGGGUUGCCAGAGUUCAGGAGGGAAAGAAGUGAAGACUCAUUCCUUCUUUAAACAAAUCAACUUCCGAAUGCUGGAGGCAGGACUGGUAGAACCACCAUUUAAACCUGAUCCCAGACUGGUGUACUGCAGUGAUGUGCAGGACAUUGAAGAGUUUUUCCCACUGAAGGGAGUCGUCCUGAACCAAAAAGACGAUGAGUUCUACGCCAAGUUCAACACAGGAAGGAAUCCCUUACCCUGGCAGAAUGAGCUCAUAGAAACAGGAUGUUUUGAAGAGCUAAAUGUUUUUGGUCCCAAGAGCACUCGAACUCCAGACCUGGAAUGGUCCCAGGUUACUGACAGCCCCAAACGUGGCUUCCUGCGUCGAAUUUUCCGCAGACAGCAGGUACCCUCAGACAUAUCUGAUGAAAACAGAAAUAGUUUGACAUCCAAUGAGGGCUAGAUGAAAUCAGAACCCCUCAGCUCUGCUUUACAAGAACAAUCGAGAAAC